AAUGGAUGAUUUUUUUGAAGACGCCUAAACUCAAGAUAUACAAAAUGUUUAAUAAGACGGUUCAUAAGCUUAAUAAGUAAAAAAUUAUAGUAUCUUAAGUAUGCUGUCUUUGAUGCAUUUGAAAAUGAGUCACCAACUCAAGCAAUUACAUUAAAUGCAUACGUGGUACUAUUUAAGUUAAGCAUAGAGUCCAGAAUAAUAAUUAAGAAAGGAUAAAUUGAGAGUAAUUGAAGAUGAAAGAAUAGCUUAAAUCAGAGAGAAAGAUUAAUAAGAAAGAUUAUUGAAAUAGUAAAAAAAAUAAAAAGCCUAAGAGUAUUUACAGGAGUUUAAAAAGUAAUUAUUGUUGAUUUAUAUUAAGACAAUAAGAUGCAGAUAUUGCAUAAAAAAGAAGUCAAAAUAAGUAGAAAUAAGAAAUCUGGCUUGAAAAUAAUAAAAAUCAUAACCAAUAUGUAUUAUGUGUUACUAAUUAAAAGAAAAACUCUUGGGAUUAAAUAGCAUAAAAUAUCGCUUUAAAAGAUGGGGAAUAUCCUGGAUAAAAAGAUGUAACAAAGAUGAGAUAAGCAAUCCUUAAUAAAAGAAGCGAUCUGACUAAAUGAU